GACUAGGGAAUUCUCAGAGGAUGAACCAGUAGUUGAUACACCAGCAGAGAAGGUUGUCAUGGCUACAGUAAAGAAAUCUAAAACUCCACCACCUGUGCCUCAAAAACCCCAUACUAAGAAACUGACAACGGAUGGAUCACCAGCGGUCAAUUCAGCGAGAUGGGAACCAGUUAGAAGUUUGGAAUUACUAAGAGAACCAAACAAGAGUCUUGGAAUCAGCAUUGUUGGAGGUCGUGUUGGAGAGGGCCAUAUUGCCCAAGGUAUCUUCAUAAAGCAUGUAUUGGAGGAUAGCCCAGCGGGUAAGAAUGGUACUCUGAAGACUGGGGAUCGAAUACUAGAGGUUAAUGGUAAUGAUCUUAGGACUGCAACUCAUGACCACGCUGUGGAAAUAAUUCGGCACGCGACGAGUCCUGUACAGUUCCUAGUCCAAAGUCUGGCUGCCAGUACAUGUCCAGAUGACCUUGAUUUGCUACCAAACAGUGAGGAGGAUCUACAGAUUGUGACUGCUACAAUGGCGAAUGUAGAGCAGACAACGUAUGUGGACGGUGUAGCUGACGUAACACAGACUGCAUAUGUAGAAGAAAUUGAAGAACCGUCCGAUAAUGAAGACAGCCAUUCUGUGUCUUCCGAUGGUGAUAAUGUCCUGGAUACUGGUGAUGAACAACUUCUGGCACUGGAUGGUGAUGAAGAAUGUAAAGACAACGAGAGUUCAGAUGAUGAGCCUGUGGAUGAGUUUGGAUAUACAUGGAAAAAAAUCAAGAACAAAUAUGGUGAUUUACCAGGUGAACUCCUUCUAAUAGAUUUAGAAAAGAAUGAAAAUGGACUCGGACUCAGUUUGGCAGGCAACAGAGAUAGGAAUAAAGCCAGUGUGUUCAUAGUUGGUGUUAAGCCUGAUGGAGCCGCUGCUGAGGAUGGAAGAAUCAAUGUCGGUGAUGAAAUACUUGAGAUAAAUGGUACAGUAUUAUAUGGAAGAAGUCAUCAGAAUGCCUCUGCUAUUAUUAAAGGAAUACACAGUAGUAUAAUUAAAAUGAUUAUUCUACGAUCCACUGAUAAUAUGGCACAGUUAGCUGUUCCACCGUUGCAAUUCUAUCCAGUACUCAAGAGCAAGGGAGACUUUGACCAUUCUCCACAUCAUACACCAAAAAAAGAACACUUUGACAGUAACAUUGAAUAUCACCAUGGCGACAAUGACUACAGGGAGGAUUUUUCCACUUAUUCUAAUGUACAGAAUAUUACACUGAGAAAGGGAGCUGGUAGUCUGGGUCUUGCAAUUCAAGCCAGAAAUUCAGGGAUCUUUAUCAAAGAUAUCACAUUUGGAGGGGCAGCAUUUCAGGAUGGAAGACUUCACGUUGGUGACCAAUUACUCGCUGUUGACAAUAAAAGUCUAAUCGGUAUAACACAAGAAAAGGCAAUAGUUAUUCUGAAAAAUACACAGCAAACUGUACAUCUGACAGUCAGUGGUCAAGGUGAGAAAGUAAAGGAUGGAGACCUGACACCUGUCAAUCGAUCACCGCUAUUAACACCAGUUAAUCAGUCUCCAAUCAGUAAGGUUGCACCCGUACAGUUCGCAGAGACUACGGUGUCAUCAUCAUUAACAACUGUCAUUACAAUGGAAGACACCUCUACAUCUCCUAGCAAAACACAGCUCAACCGAUCUCAUUCUCCUACAAUUCCUCUUGCUACCGUAUAUGGUAGUAUGCAUGAUGACAAACCACCAUCACCAUCCCUAUCUAGGCAGCCACCAUCAGAUUUGUCCACUUUAUCCUCUACUAACACCACUACAAGUAAGAAUACUCAUAUCUGUCUAUCUUCUCUUGUUGGUGCCAUUAUUGUACAUGAAGUGUAUGAAGAGGGCGCUGCAGCUAGAGAUGGUCGAUUAUGGGCUGGAGAUCAAAUUCUGGAGGUAAAUGGAGAAGACUUGAGGGAUGCCACGCACGAGAAAGCGAUCUUAGUUUUAAGACAGACUCCUGCUGAGGUUGAACUUCUUGUAUUCAGAGAUGAAACGCAAUAUAAAGAAGAAGAUAUGUAUGAUAUAAUUACAGUGGAAUUAUUGAAGAAACCCGGCAAAGGAUUGGGACUUAGUAUUGUAGGUCGAAGGAAUGAUACUGGUGUAUUCAUAUCAGACGUAGUCAGAGGUGGUGUUGGUGAAGCUGAUGGCAGACUGAUGCAUGGUGAUCAAAUUCUCACUGUGAAUGGAGAGGAUUUACGAUCAGCAACACAGGAUACAGCUGCAGCUUUACUAAAGUGUAUAAAAGGCAAGGUAGUGUUAGAAGUUGGAAGACUUAAAGGUGGAUCAAAGCAAUCAUCGAGGAGAUCAUCCCACACAAGUCAUUCUAGCCAGGGCAGCAAUCCACAAUCACAGUCCCAUAUGCAAGAUGAUAAGACUAUUAGGCGAGUUGAAUUACAUAAAGGACCAAAUGACUCACUGGGUUUGAGUAUAGCAGGUGGACUAGGGAGUCCAUUAGGCGAUGUGCCAUUGUUCAUAGCUUCAAUACAACCUGUUGGACUUGCUGCAAAGUCAGGAAAAUUACGGGUUGGUGAUCGGAUUGUCAAUAUAAAUGGACAUAGCUUAGAAAACACUGGACAUUCGAAAGCUAUUAAUUUAUUGAAACAAGCUACUGGUACUAUUAUAUUAGAUGUAAUGCAAGGCGGUGAAACAACACCAACAUCUCCUGGUAGCAACUACUCGAUAGCAUCAGCCACACCAGUAUCAAUAUCUUCUUCAAAUAGUAAUAACUCUAGUUUACAUGACGAGGUCCAAGCUGGACCAACGAACAUCCGUACUGUAGAAUUAAUCAGAGGAGUAGACGGCUUAGGAUUUAGUAUCGUGGGUGGCUUCGGAAGCCCACAUGGUGAUCUACCAAUCUAUGUCAAAACUGUGUUUUCACGAGGAGCUGCAUCAGAGAGCGGUCAACUUAAACGUGGUGAUCAGAUUUUGGCCGUGAAUGGAGACAACUUAGAUGGUGCUUCUCAUGAACAAGCUGUGGCAAUUCUUAAACGAUGUCGAGGAAAAGUAGUUCUGACUAUUCUAACAUGA